GUAUAUAUAGAGGUGCGCGCACGCCGGCAAGUUCAGUCGUCCAGCGCGUGCCGAGCGGCGAGCAUCGUGUAGCCACCCUCCCUUGGCACGAGCGAGUCCCUCGUUCUCCCCCGUGUCGUCCGGUCACGUGUCCCACCCCCGGUUCGGCUUCGUCCGCUCCAACGCAAGUGCAACCGUGCAAGUGCGAGCACCCUCGCUCGGACUCGUCAUGCAGCCUGCUACGUGAGUCGCGAGUAAUUGGCGCCGACGCUCCUUCUUUUUCCUCCUCGUCGUCAUCGUCGUCGUUGUCCUCGUCUUUCGCUGCUCGGCCUGGACGCGGCCUGAGCCGAUGGGACUUGGUCCGCUGUGAGGAACCUGCGCGAAUUCGACCGGGACAGUUUCCCGCGUGCGGCCGGCCGCGCGCGAUUCAACGGCGACGAUGCUCGCGGAGGACGCGCGCCGAGUAGCGCAGUAUGAGCGACUGCAUCUCCCCCUGAUCCGCGUCGACGUGGUCCGCCGGCGAUUAUGAGGCCCGGGAUCGCCGUGCGGGACUGAUCAGGCAAGAUCGCGCGAUCCGGUCAGCAGGAGUAUGAGGUUUGCCGCGGCUGACCGCACCAAGAGAUGAGACACCGGCUUGCGCGGAGUGAGAUGUGAAUUCACGAUGGAGCUGCGGAUCAGUAUACUCCUGUUGACGCUCCUCCGGCUCGUCAGCACUCUCGAAAGCACGAAGGAGGAGGACGACGCCGAGGAGGACGACGAGGAGAGCUAUCCCGUGGAGGACUACGAUUACAGUGACUACGAAACCGCGACCAUAGCCAGCGAUACCGAUCUCAUCGCCGGCCGUUCGCUGCCGAUCUUCUUGGCGGAGCCUGUCGACACGUUCGUCGUCAAGGGGAAACCGGCGACGCUGCACUGCCGCGCCGCACACGCUCUUCAGGUGUAUUUUCGCUGCAACGGCGAGCGGGCUGAGCGUUCGCAGCAGCAGGAUUUCGUCGACCCUCGCACUGGAACGAGGGUCGUCGAGGUCGAGUUGAACGUGACGAGAAACGAGGUCGAGGAGUACUUCGGGAGGGAGAGAUUCAAGUGCGAGUGCGUGGCUUGGUCGGGACCAGGUCAAAUUCGAGGGCAGCCCGCUACGGUUGAGGUCGCCUACCUGAAGAAGCACUUCAUAUCGCCGCCGUACUCACUGUUGGUGGAAGUCGGCCGCAACGCUGAGCUACGAUGUUCGCCGCCGGUGGGCAUGCCGCAGCCCAAGGUCUACUGGCUGAGGAACGGCUCGCCCCUCGAGACGACGACGACGGCCGCUUCCGGCGCCUCCGAGGUGAACCCUAACGACGUGUCUGCGAGCAGCUUCGUACAGUCUGCCGACGGGCACCUGCUGCUGGGCGAGGCCGAACUGAGCCAUCAGGGGAACUACUCGUGCGUCGCCGAGAACUUAGCUGCGAGGAGGGUCAGCGAGCCGGCAGUGCUCACGGUGUAUGUGAACGGCGGGUGGUCGUCCUGGUCCGGCUGGUCGGAGUGUAGCGUUCGCUGCGGUAGAGGCGCACAAAAGAGGACAAGAACGUGUACAAAUCCCGUUCCAAUCAACGGCGGUCAAACGUGCCCAGGGCCAGCCACACAAAGGGUAGAAUGCAAUCCUUCCUGUCCCGCGGUUGACGGCAGAUGGUCAACUUGGUCCUCGUGGUCUGCAUGCGGUCCCGAUUGUUCGAGAGUAAGGAGGAGAUCCUGCAACGACCCCCCGCCUAGCAACGGCGGUCGUCCCUGUCAAGGCAAGGACGUCAUCGUCGAGUCCUGCGUCACGGAUCGAUGUAAUGCACUCGGACAAGACGGGCCGAGGGUAUUCAAGGAAGCGACUCGGGCGGUCGAUCAUAGAAACAUCCUCGCGUUGUGGAUCACUCUGAGCCUAGCCGCGGUUAUCUUGGCGUUGACCACCAUCUUCUUCGUCCGCUUCAUGCGCCGGAAAGAGCGGAUGGAGGCGCUGUACGGCGUCGCGCGGCUGGACUUCCGACGUCCGGGCGAUCUCGCCAAGUCCGUCGUCUCCAAGAACGAGCGCGCUAACGUCUUGGCUAAUGACCGGCGCCUCGAGCACGUGAUUGACGAGACGAACGCCGCCCGGUUACCCAGAUCCUGCUCGGAGCAUCAUUACGACGUCCCGCAAUUGUCAUUACCGUCGACAACGAGGCCGUCACCGAGCUCCUCCGUAACUAGGUCCUCCUGCAAGAAUUCGCAACGGGGACGCUGCAUGUCGGAUAACGAGGAGGGUCGAUCUUCCCGCUCGACGUGCCAAGCGAAUCCGGAGAGCACCAACGAGGACGACGACGAGCAGGACGACGACGACCGGCCGGACGAAGACGAACGGCUGUCGGCGGAAGACGACCGCGCCGGCGACGGCUUCAUCGUGAGAGCCUUGAUCGACGAGCAAGGCGCGCUUCUGGUCGUGCCCGAGGUGGGCGUCUCGAUGUCUGUACCGGAAGGCGCGAUCUCGCGCGGUCGUCGGCACAGCCUGCACCUCGCCGUGCUCGGGGACAACUCCUUCAGGCCGAACCUCCCACCCGGGCUGACUCUGCUGUCCGCCGUGGUGGCUUGCGGCCCGCCGGGCGUCGAUCUCGUGAAGCCUGUGAUCCUCCAGUUCGAGCACUGCGCCGAGCUGAGAACCGGCAACUGGGAGCUGAGUCUGUGGUCCGCGGAGAUCGACCUGGAGACCGGCUCGACCAACUCCGCGAGCUCGUCCAGCGGCUCGAGCUCGUCCGGUGCGACGGUGUGGCGCAAGGUGCUGAUGUUGGGCGGCGACCCGACGAAUCUGCCGGGUCAGCCGUUCGCGCAGCUCGACCAUGCUGGCGUGUUCCUCGUCACGGAGACGCCGAGUGUGUACGCGGUGGCUGGCGAGAAUUCCGUGGUCGCGCCCGGCUUGGCCGUCAAGCGCCUCUGCUUGGCGGUUUUCGUGUCACGCGAGCGCGACUACGUCAGGUGCCACGUGCUCGAAGACACCAAGGCGGCGUUCAAGCUAGUCAGCGAGCAGGAACGUCGUUUAGGCAGCAGCCAUAUCGAUCACGGCACCCUCGGAUUUCGCGCUAGCGGCACCUCGCUUCGCGUCGACCUCGAGGAUCGAGAGAGCGGCUUCGCGGAGCGGCAGGAGAUACCGUACCGGCGCAUCUGGUCGUCCUCGAGGACCAGCAUUCGGCGUUCCUUCAGGAUAGAGAAAAUCGUCGGCGACCUCAGACUCGGUUUCGAGCUUCGCGCUUGCCAGCGCGGCUUCGAGGAUCAAGGCUUGCUGCUGAGGAUUGAUCUGGACCUCGUGAAGAGGAACAAUAUGAACGGCAAGAGGAACGGUAAAGCGGAAUCCUCCGUUGUCCUGCGGAGCAAAAGCUCGACGAGGUCCACGGAAUCCGUCAUUCCGAGACCUUUCAGAUUUUCCAAGACGCUGAGGAAGCAACUAUGCCAAUGUCUGGAUCCGCCAAGCGCGCGCGGCAACGACUGGAGAAUGCUGGCACAGAGAUUGCAAGUGGAUCGAUACGUUGACUACUUCGCGACGAAGGCGAGUCCGACCGAGCAUAUUCUGGACUUGUGGGAGGCCAGACAUCGCGAAGCUACGGCUCUGGCGGAUUUGCUGAACCAUUUAAGACUGAUGGGGCGCGUCGACGCGGCCAAUGUACUCGAGAGCCGCCUGGGGCCAUGGAUCUAAGAGAUUACGGAGAAUGAGAGAAAGAAAAGAAAGAGAGGAGUCACUACACACACACACACACACACUGCCACGCGACGUAACGACGCGCGGAUUUGUAACGCGAGACGAGUUUUUGUACAUAGAGUAGUCAUUACAUAUACGGCAUUAACAAAGAGGACGUAAGAAACAAAGUAUGUUGUAUAGAUAUUGGUCAUAUUUGUACAUACAAGUGGUUUACAACAAAUACCUGCGAG